AUGCGGCGCACAGGCUGGGAAACGAUACUCAAAGAUGCGCGUCACGAUAUUCUUGUCUCGCUCGCGGAGCUACCCGAACGUGGGACUAACCGCCCUAAGCCGCUAGGUGUCCUCGGAGGGGAGGUCAUUUACAGCCUGGCGCGAGAUGAACGAAGAUUGGUGUCGAUGGUGGCAGCAUUGGAUCGCCUCCUCGACCAAUGCGGCGAGACAGUCCGGGGAACUGAUGUCUGCCUAAGAAGGUGGCUUCGCGGCAGGUUUCCAGACCGCCCGUUUAAGGCGCCCUUCGAGCUGGUUACCAAGCCAUCUUCCGAGAAGGUCUACCGAAAAGAAUUGAAGCGCUUUGUCUGCUUCUGGCUUCGACUAUUCCGUUUAUUGCCGGUAGUCACACGAGAAGUCACAGGCCGAAGAUUGAAUAAACAUCAGUUUAGAGCUCUUCGUGAGCUUUGGGUGGACGAUAUCUGGAGGUCUGAGGAACCUAUCGAUGCGGACACUGGUGAUAGUAAGGGUGAAGGGCAGAAUGGUGAGGAGGACGAGGACGAUAGCGAGGAUGAGAGUGAAGAUGAAGAUGAAGAUGAAGAUCAUGAAGAUGAAGGUAAUGAUGAGUAUAAAGGGGAGCAACAAGACGAAAACAAAGAUAGUGGCCAAAGGAGUAUGGCUGCGGAUACAGGCGAUCAGUUCGACGCCGAGACAACUUGCACUUGGUCUUCAGAUGGCCAGGAGCACCACCCCCAAGACCCCGCCGCCGAUAUCUUACUACGCUUUUGCUACUCUGCUAUUACUGAAGACUUCGAGGACGGUGUUGCGAGUUCGACGAUGCUGGUUUUCUUCAGUGCCGUGCGCGGGUUGUCGACCCCUGACGGCGACGAAUAUCUCCAGCCUCACCGGUUCACCCCUAUCCUGGCGAGACUCAUAUACUGCUCCCGGCUGGUCUUUCUCGAAGCAGUACUCCCGCGUUUCUCACGAAGUUACGGUGGCAUUGCGCGUCGGCCGCGUCAGGGGCUGCUGCGAAGACUCAACGCGGACCGACGAGAGUAUAUGUGCGAUGGCACACUAUCGCCCAUGGGAGAGUUCCUGAGUCUCCUAUCGUACGGAAAUGCCCUUCGGCGGUCUCAGGGGUCGACCUUCCGCUUUCACUGGAGCGAUGACGGC